AUGCACUUUUCGACACGGAAUGCAUUCUACCUCCGGGUUUCAAACUAUCGAGUUAUCCCGCUUUUUCUAUAUCUAGAUGAAAGACAUGUCGACUGGAUGUCUGAUCGAGUAUUACAGCUGGUGAUAGGAGCAUUGCAACCUAAAAUGUCGGAGCUAUUAUAUUCUGCUCGGUCGCAGAAGAAACAUAAAGUACACGUCGAACGUGGUGAGGGCUAUCAAUAUUGUUAUUUCUUGAGAACCACCACUCGAACAGAAGUUGUAUUAUUAAAGGAUAAAUCAUUCUCGUUGAGACCACCUACACCUCCCCCCGAACCCAUACCGGAACCAUCUCCUUCGAAACGCAGACCCACAACUUCCUCGUCUCGAGUCUCAAAGACCCCGCGUAGAUCCCGAACACGUUCUCGAUCAGUCGCUACCCAAUUGGAAGAAAUGGAUCAAGAUGGGUCUCCUCCAAUGCAGGGCCUGAGUCAUACAGCUCAAGAUGUAGUGGAUGAGGACGGUUUAAGAAUCAAGGCGGAGCCUGAUCUGGAUGAUACUGACAUUACAGAAUCAGUCGAAGAGACAAACAUCAAAGAUUGGAAACCUGAUGUGGACGUAACGUAUAAAGGAUUCGGCACUUCGUCUGUUCAGAUAGUACUGAUAAUCGAACCAUAUCCACCUCUUCCAGCUUCACAAUAUGCACCGCCAUCAUCCCGUCUAUCAUCUCGUUCGGCAUCUAUAGCAUCUGCUCGUUCACGGUCCCGUUCGAAACAAGGGACAGGUGCGAUACGAUAUUCUUCAACUUCAUUAUCGGUCGAGCCGGGCGCUCAAGCAAGGUCACAAAGUGUUAAUGCUCCUAACAUGAGAAAUGCGACUCGAUCGGUGUCGGCCGUACCUAACUCCAGAAGAGGUGGCACCAGUACGCCUUCCGUAACGCCUUUCGGGAGAGAAGACAGUUCUACACCUGGGCCGAGUGGUAGUGCAGGUCGAAGGCGUAUGAGUCAAACUCCAUUAUUCAUGCCUCGUGAUACACCCUUUGAUGAAGAUGAGGAAGACGAAGAAGCACAUGAAGCGUAUGAAGAAGCGUUACGUGAAGGUCGAUUAGGUUUACCUUCAGUCAACAGACCGGCAGGAGAGAGUCAAGGCUUGACACGAAUGGGCGAAGACGAAGAUGACAUUGAUGAUGUACCCGAAAGUAUAAUGGAUAUCGGAGAAAGGUUGGUAAGGAACAGCCAGAUAGAAGAAGGCGUCAUACGGGUACAAGGUGGUUGGGAGGAAAGAGCUGAGGGUGAGGAGAGUGCUGUCAUGGGGAAAGAAGAACCAGGUGACUAG